AUGCGUCCUAAGUCGAGUGCAGUUUGGUCGUUUUUUGAUGAAAUGACCGAUUCCGCAAAAUGUAAACAGUGUGGUAAAAGGUUUUCAAGGAAAGGAGGUGGGACUACAUCGCUAAAACUUCACCUUAAAUCACAACAUAGUGAUAAGUACGAAGAACUUUUGCUACUGGAAAAAGGUAACCAACAAAAUAACCUACAAACAGCCAAGCAGCUGACACCUUUACAAGAGUGUAAAAAACAGUUGACACUCAAAGAUUCGUUAAAAAACAAAGGUGCCUGGGAUGAAACUAAUACUAAACAAAAAGAAAUUGAUAAAUUAGUGGCUGAAAUGAUAGCGUUACAAAACUUGCCAUUUAAUUUUGUAGAAGGUGUGGGAUUUCAAAGAUUAGUGCAGGCAGCCUUACCACGUUAUAAUCUUAGAGGUCGGCAGUACUUUACUAAUUUACUGUGCAAUGAUAUCUACAACAAAAUGAAGUUAAAGAUUCUGGACUUAUUGAAACAAUUUGAGAAGUUAUCAUUUACUACAGAUGUGUGGUCCGAGCCCAGCGCAAAUGUCUCGUUACUUAGUCUUACUGCUCAUGGCAUCACGAAUAAUUAUGAAAGAGUUUCUAUAAUACUCAAGUGUGAACAAUUAGAGGGUCGGCACACAGGUGAAAUUAUAGCGAAUAAUUUAAACAAUAUUUUGCAAGAUUGGGGCUUAAGCAAUGAAUCAGUUCAUUGUAUUUUACGCGACAAAGGAUCAAAUAUGAUAAAAGCUAUGAGAACGGCCAAUUUCCCUGAUGCAAACUGUACUAUUCAUCAACUUCAAUUAUGUGUUAGAUCAGCAAUGGAAACCGAAGAAUUUAUCUCGCCAGUGAUUACAAAGUGCAAAAAAAUUGCUACUCACUUCCAUCACUCACUAAUUGCUCAAAAUGAAUUAAAACAAAUUCAAACAGAAAGACUGAACCAAACAGAGUUAUGUAUCGUUCAGGAUUGUUCUACAAGAUGGAAUUCGACUUAUUAUAUGAUGGAUAGAAUAUUGAAAUUAAAAGACUCCUUGAUACUGUAUUCGGGCGCGCAUACUAUACCGAUUCCUACUGCUGAUGAAUGGCUCGACUUGGAAAAGUGUAUUGCAAUAUUAAAGCCAUUCGAAGAAAUUACACAGGAGUUAAGUAGUGCAACUGCGACAAUAGCUUCAGUGAUUCCUUUAGUCUAUACUCUUAAAAACACAUUAGAAACAGAAAAGACUAAACAAGACACAUCAGAAAACUUUAAAUUAAUGAUUACAAAUAUGGUCCAUAAUAUCAGCGUCAGAUUUCAGGACAUUGAGAAUAAUAAAAUAUAUACAAUAGCUACUUAUAUAGAUCCACGCUACAAGCUCAAGUUUUUCAAUGAAAUUACUAAGGAACAAGUACAGACAGAGAUUCUAGGAAUCGUUGGGUGUUCAAGAACUUCUCAUGAUGAAGGUCCUUCUUCACCAAAGAGAUCACGGACUCAGCUGCCAUCAACAAGUUCAUACAUUCAAUCUUGUCUAGCUGAAAUAUUAAGCGCAAGUGACGAAGAAGAGCACGUAGGUGGUGAUGAGGAUGAUACAGUACCCAAUCAAUUAAUUGUCAAAAAAGCAUUGUUAAAUGAAUACAAUAGAGAGAAAAGGUUGACACUCAGUGAAAAUCCACUUUUAUGGUGGAAAAUGCAUACGAAGUACAACAGUUUAAGUGCUUUAGUCAGACAGUACCUCUCUCCGCCGCCUGGCAGUGUACCGAGUGAACAGCUUUUCAGUGCUGCUGGGUUAAUUUAUGAUCCUUUAAGAAAUAGACUUUCUGGUGAUAAGGCUGCGAAAUUACUUUUUGUCAAGUAUAAUUUACCUUUGAUAAAAUUUGAUUAUUGA